UAUGUAGGCAACCAACAUUUAAAACAAUUAUGCUUAUCUAUUUUUAUGUCUCCGCAUAUUCCAAGUUCGUAAUUGAGCCUUCCUAGUCACUAAACAAAAUUUUAAUUGAGUAAUGAGGCGUAUUUAUGUUUUCCUGUUGUAAUUUAAACAUUUUAAAGUGACAUCGUUUUAUUUCAAUCGUGACAGAAAUGGCUAGCCAGUCAAUGGGCAUUCAGCAGCUUUUGGCUGCUGAAAAAAAAGCAGCUGAAAAAGUUGCAGAAGCUAGAAAACGCAAAGUUAAACGGAUAAAACAAGCUAGAGAUGAAGCUCUAGCAGAUAUUGAAAAGUAUAGACAAGAACGAGAGAGGCAGUUUAAAGAAUUUGAAACAAAACAUCUAGGUUCAAAAGAGGACGUCGCAGCAAAAAUCAAUGUUAACACAGAAAAGUUGUUGGCUAAGAUUUCUGAGGAUGUUCAUAAUAAAAGGGAAAAUGUAAUUAAAGAAUUGCUGGAUUUAGUUUUUGAUUUAAAAGCAGAAGUUCAUCCCAAUUAUUUCGUUAUGAAUCCAAGAAGUGAUUGAUUUAGUAAAUUGAUAACUUAUAAUUGUUAUUUAAUAAAUGACUAGAUGUUAUCAAAACACAUUCAAUCGCUGAUGAAUUAUGACAUAAAAA